UUGUAAUUGAUGUGAUAGUGUUGAGUGUGUGUUCAGUGUUCACAGUGUGUUGGCUGUAGUGGAGAGCGGAGUGAAAGCCAUGAUAUGUUUAGCCAAUGAUAGCGUUGAUGCCAUUAUUUGCAACAAUAGAUGAGAUGAAUAUUUGGGCAGAAAUUCGUUAAAAAUAUUUAAAUUCGUGUCAAACCAGUGGUCGCCUAUCAUGUGAACCACCCAUACAUGCAGUCGUUAUCGCCAUUUGGGUUCAAUUAAUGCCAUUUACACUCAUCUUAUGUCCAAUAUAUCGACAAUUAGUCACUCAUUUGUCUCGCAAUACAAACAAUACGACAAACCGUUCAUUCAUUCACCACUUUAUGCCUCAUUUCAUGUCACGACUCAUACUUAACCACCACUUCUAACACAAAACUCUUUGAGUGCUAUUUAUUUGAUCCUUACUUUUAGUGAUUUGUGUUAAGACAUGUCAUCUCAAACCUCAUCUAAUGUCGAGAACUUGUCGCCGCAAGUGAUCCGUCAGGUGUCCAAAGAGUUAUCACAACUGGUGUCCAAUCCCUUAGAAGGCAUUCGCGUUUGUCUUAAUGAGGAGGACGUGUCCGACAUUCAGGCGGUCAUCGACGGCCCCGCGUGUACGCCAUACUUCGGGGGAUCCUUUCGGGUGAAACUGGUUCUGUCCAAAGACUUCCCACUCUCGCCUCCAAAGGGAUACUUUGUGACCAAAAUAUUUCACCCAAACGUCUCGAGAAAUGGCGAAAUUUGUGUCAAUACACUGAAAAAGGAUUGGAAAUCCGAUUUAGGGAUAAAACAUAUUCUUUUGGUAUUAAUU